ACAACAACCUAUUCUAUUCAUUUCUUUUCGUACUGUUUUUCCCUUCGUCUCUCUGAAAAUUGUUGUAAGAAAACCGAUCGGAAUAACUAAAAAUCCUUGUCCUACGAAAUCACAACGAAACCCUAGAUUUCUUAUAUCCUUGCACUUUCAUAAUCAAAUUCUAUUCCCCUCUUGUAUCUGUAAUUGAAAACCCUAAUUUAGACAGAGUAGAAAUUUGAAGGAUAUGUUUUUUGUUUGUUUAAUUGUUGAAUAGAAAGGGGGAGUUUGAGAUUAGUGUAUUGAGUAAAUUAAAACUGUUGAGAUGAGAACAAUCAGACUGCCUGAACCGCCUAGCGGCACUUUAGGUAUGCCUGAAAUUUUUGAAGGUGGGGUUUAUAGUGUUAUAAGAAGAGCAGUUAUAAUUGGGAAUGGUUUUUCUGGUGCUGAGAAUCAAAGUGUUGGAUUAGUUCGUGCUCUUGGUCUUGCUGAUAAACAUUCAAUCUAUCGUGUUAUAAGGCCACAAGGAGGAAUCAAUGACUGGCUUCAUUGGCUCCCUGUGUCUGUUCACCAACAAAUAUAUUAUAUUUUAAGGCGGAUAUGUGGUACUUCACGAUUUGGCGUGGUACUCGGAGGAAGGAGACUGUCGCCUAUACCUUAUGAUACAAGUAUCAGUGCUGGUUUGGCGUCUGUUUUAGAUGCUGAUGCAAAGCGCAUUGCAACGAUGGCUCGUGAGACUUUUGAGAAGGAUGGUCCUUUAUUAGUGGUUGCAUCUGGUCGGGAUACCAUCUCGAUAGCAAGUUCUAUAAAAAAGCUAGCCCCGGAAAAUGUGUUUGUGGUUCAGAUACAACAUCCAAGAAGGAAUUUAAGUAGGUUUGACCUGGUGAUUGCCCCUCGGCAUGACUACUAUCCACUGACUCCUCAAGCACAAGUACAGAUCCCUAAAUUUCUUCGGAAGUGGGUAACUCCAUAUGAACCACCUACUAAGAAUGUGGUCUUAACCGUGGGAGCUCUACACCAGGCUGAUUUUGGUGCACUUCGGGCAGCUGCUGCUGCCUGGCAUGAUGUGUUGGCUCCUCUACCAAAACCCUUGCUUGUGGUUAAUAUUGGGGGACCCUCUGGCCACUGUCGUUACGGAGCUGACCUUGCCAAGCAGUUAAUUGGCUAUCUACAGAAUGUGCUAGCAAGCUGUGGAAGUCUUAGAAUAUCUUUCUCCAGGAGGACCCCUCAGAAGGUAUCCAACAUGAUAGUGAAAGAACUUAGCGAUCAUCCAAAGGUUUACAUUUGGAAUGGUGAAGAGCCAAACCCACACAUGGGACAUUUAGCUUGGGCAGAUGCGUUUGUCAUCACCGCAGAUUCAGUUAGUAUGCUGAGUGAGGCUUGUGGCACAGGAAAACCUGUUUACGUUAUUGGAGCAGAGAGAUGUACAUGGAAGUUUGAAGACUUCCAUAGAUCUCUUCAUCAACGUGGUGUAACUAGGCCAUUCAUGGGUAAAGAGGAUAUAUCAGAGAGUUGGAGCUACCCACCUCUUAAUGAUACUGCAGAAGCAGCUAAGCGUGUACAAGAAGCCAUUGCAGAACGUGGAUGGAGGUUGCGGCCUUGAAUGGAAGAAUCUUUUGAACGAUUUAUCAGAAUCACAAAUCAGUAAUUCAGUUGGAGGGUCUUCUGAGUACCUACUCUCCUUGGUGGUGUGACAGCUUCAGAUAGACUGAACAGAGAAUAUAGUGAAAGUGAAUGCUACAAAAUGACAUAUUCCCGAUAAAUUGUUCUGAUAUAUUUUCAUACAUCCAACACUAUUUUGUUGGGUGUCGGAGGAGGUCGUCUGUAGAAUAAAAAAGUUUUUGCAAUAGUUUCAUGUUGUAACUCCUAAGGUAGCAGACGCAUCAGCAUCAGCAGCUCCUUCGGCUUUGUAAAUUAUGAAGAGUCGCAGAAUUUGUAUACGAACAAUACUUCUUUA